AUGAUGCUGAAGAAGCUCCUUUUCUUUCUUGGCUUCUUACAGGCUGUAAUAGGUCAGCAGCGCCGUAUCUUUGUUGACACCGUCAGCUGCUCCAACCGAAGAACCUUUGUUGCAAUCGAGGAGUCGUACCAUUCUGCCAUCAGAAGGGCAGGGCUGGCCAUCGAAGCAUUGCGACCAUGGGCAGAGGGGGGUGCCCCCAUCAACACUUUCGACGGCCGCAUCAGGAACGUCUUCGACCUGCUGUUCGGGGCGCAGAACACACGAGGAAACUUACUCUUGGUUUUUAGUCACCUGGACAGACUCCCUGGGAUCCAGUAUAUGGGCGGCGACUCGACAUCAAGGACCAUGCAUGACAUACCACAUAACCAUCCUAAAGAACCGAAUAUCCACAAUUGGGACACGGUUCAGAAAAGGGAUUUCACCCGCCUGGUGGCAGGGGCUGGGAUGAAGACGCCCCCGAGGUCAUCGCCAUUCAGCCCUUCGAAGCUGUACCUUACAGCCGCCUUGCAUGGCUUUCCUGGUAAUGAUGUUGCCUUUGGCGGCGUCAGAAUUAACCAGGCCUCCGUCAAGGCCGCCGCGAAUCCCAGGAUGCACCGCUGGCUUUUCACCCACUUUGGAGGAUGGUUCGAAAGAUUGAGGGUCACUCAGAUUGAUUUGUUGGAUAGACUUGAGUCGUCCAUGCUUCACGAGCUCACGCACACUACUGCCGGAAGGCUCGCAGAUGACAUCGAGCUGCCCAACUCUUACGGCUGGGAGAACUGCCGGAGACUACAGACGCAUAGGAAUGCUGCCUUGUUCGCCUUGGCUGUCGAGUUGAUCAACCAGUACCACUACGACGUGAACGCAGCGGGUGAGCUUACCAAGUUCGAAUGA